CGGCUUUCAACUAGAGGUCGACCGAUUAAGAUUUGAAUGCCGAUACCUAUACCGAUUAUUGGAGGACCAGAAAAGGCCGAUACAGGUUAAUCGGCCGAUUUAAAAAUAUAUUUUAUAAUGACAAUUACAACAAUACUGAAUGAACACUUAUUUUAACUUAAUAUAAUACGUCAAUAAAAUCAAUUUAGCCUCAAAUAAAUAAUGAAACAUGUUCAAUUUGGUUUAAAUAAUGCAAAAACAAAGUGUUGGAGAAGAAAGUAAAAGUGCAAUAUGUGCCAUGUAAAAAAGCUAACGUUUCAGUUCCUUGCUCAGAACAUGAGAACAUAUGAAAGCUGGUGGUUCCUUUUAACAUGAGUCUGUCACGAAUAUUACCGAAGGUGGUGGCGGUCGUCGUCGUCGGUCUACUAGCUGCCACCGAUCCUUUGUUCUGUGUUCGUUUGGUUUGGUCUAAUUGGUUUCACCUGUUCCUUGUUUGGUUGUUAGGGUGGGGUUAUUUAAGUUCGUUUAGCCCGCUUCUGUUUGUGCGGGCUUGUUCAUUUGUAUUCGUGAGAGUGGUUUGUUGGGUUUUCUCGCUGUCCUAGUAUUUCACAAUAGGGUACUAUUUUGUUUUAUAGUUACACCUGUGUUGGGUAUACUAUUUUGUUCCUGUGAUAUUUUGGACAUUAAAGCGUGUUUUUUCCCGCAUCCUUUGCUCUCUGCGCCUGACUCCACACCCAUUCACUCAUUGAGCAUUACAGAGUCUUCAAUAUUCCCAGGUAAGAAGUUUUAGGUUGUAGUUAUUAUAGGACUAUUUCUCUCUAUACCAUUUGUAUUUCAUAUACCUUUGACUAUUGGAUGUUCUUAUAGGCACUUUAGUAUUGCCAGUGUAACAGUAUAGCUUCCGUCCCUCUCCUCGCUCCUACCUGGGGCCUGUUGCACAAAAGUAGAAUUAAGACAUCCGGGAUAAAUGACUCAGCUGAGCUCAAUGAAGCCAAAACAUGUGCGUCCAGGCUUAAUUGGUUGCACAAAGACCAAGCCAGGAUGAGCAGACACGGAUUCAUUAAACCAGGUGAAACCAAUCCUGGAUAGGUGCGCGCUCACGGCUCACUCAAAUAGACCCCGCCACAGAUCACAGAUUAACUGAUUUACCAUGGCAACUAGAGCCGCGUACUUUUCCCCGUCGGAAGCACAAAUCCUCAUGGAGGCAUACGAGGAGGUAAAAGAUAUAAUUAAGAAGAAAGGCAACACCGCCACAGUGAUAAAGCAAAGAGAAAAAGCGUGGCAAAGUAUUGCAGACCGCCUGAAUGCAUUAAACAUGAACGGGCCAAAACGGACAUGGCAGCAGGUCAAAAUCAAAUACAAGAACAUUCUGCAGAAUGCAGUGAAAAAGAAUACCCACAGACAAGGCACGGGUGGUGGGUCACCAAAGGCUGACCUUACCCCAGCAGAGGACAUGGCCUUGGAGCUAAAUAAAGGCAGGCCCGUCUUAGAGGGGAUCCCUGGGGGGAAAGAGACGAGCAUAGGUUCCUCCCAAGAUGCCACCCGCUUCAUUCAAGUGCCUGGCAGCACUGUGUUCCUGUUAGAGCCACCAGCACAAGCACCAGACGAUGCUGAUCCAGGUGAAGGCCCCAGUGCAGCAGCAACAGCACAUGAUGGAGACGAUGAUGAGGAGGAGACCAUCUCUCUGGAUUCCAGAAGGCAUGAGGACCCAGAUGCUAUACAGUGGGAAAACCAGCCUGGCAACAUAAGCUCACAAGCUAUCAGAAAGUUGUAUGGCAACCACCUCCGGCGCCAAAUAGAACUGGCAGACAUAGACAUUCAGUACAAGAAGAAGAAGAUGGAAAAUCUUGCACUGGAGUCCGAAAUAAAAAAGAGGACAAUUAGGAAACUGGACCUUGAAAUAAAAAAACUUGAGAGGGAGCUCCAAGAAGAUGACACAGCUCAAAAUAAAAAUUAGCAAUCAGUACAACCAAGUCAUCGUUAUAAGGCAUCGCCCUCUUUUGCCCACCCCCAGCACCAGGUGUGGCCACUAGCCUAUAUGAAGGCCCAAAAUUGUGUGUUCCUUUCUGCUCUGACAAUGGCAUGCCCAUUCGUGCGAGAUGUGGUGGAUGAAGAAGCACUUGUGCUGAGGAGAGCCUUCAGGCGAGAAAGGGUCUUCAGGGACCGGUUGGACCCACUGGCCUUCCCUGAUGACCAUCUAUAUGAAAGAUACAGGUUUUCUGCAGAUGGCAUCAGGUAUCUAUGCAGACUACUGGGUCCCAGGAUUAAGCACCGCACUGCACGGAGCCAUGCACUGAGUGUGGAGCAAAUGGUUUGUGUGGCGCUUUUUUGCUAGUGGAGCCUUCCUGUACUCAGUGGGGGAUGCAGAACAGCUGAACAAGGCCACAAUUUGCCGCACAAUAAGGAGUGUGUGUCUGGCUAUCAAAGCAUUAGCAGAUGUCUUCAUCUCCUUCCCUGGCCACAGAAGACUCUGUGACAUCAAAGAGGAGUUCUAUAGGAUUGCAGAUGGUUUGCAAUGCUGACUGUGUGAUCAGCAAUGUUGUGGCAAAAUGGCCUGGCUCAGUCCAUGACUCCAGAAUCUUUCGGGCCUCUGAAAUCUAUCACAAGGUGAAUUCUCUGGUGUGUUGCUGGGAGACAGGGGGUAUGGCUGCCAGCCUUUUCUCCUGACACCUUUCACAGACCCCCAGGAAGCACAGCAGGCCUACAACCAUGCCCAUGCCAGGACCAGGGCCAGAGUUGAAAUGACCUUUGGCCUCCUGAAGGCACGCUUUCAAUGCCUUCACAAAUUAAGGGUCAGCCCUGUUAGGGCAUGUGAUAUUACUGUGGCUUGUGCUGUCCUCCACAAUGUGGCCUGCCUGAGGAAGGAGAGGGCCCCAGAGUGCCACCAGCCAUGGACUGGGACAAUCCGGCAAUCUUCCCUGAUGACGACAGUGGUCGGCUGCUGAGGGACCAAUAUGUGUUGAAUUAUUUUAGUUAGUAUGUGUGCUUUCAAUUUUGGUUAAAUAUGUCCUGCGGUGGCAGAGGAAUUUGGG